UUCGCACAAAGUUGUUGGGAGAGGCUCCAAAAAAUAUUACUCAUGAGAAACUUAUUUGUUUGUUAUUAGUGAGAAGGACAUAGCCACAUGUUUUAUUCGGCGAUAUGUGUGACGUUAGCUGUUUUUAUAUCUUUGGUCCACUCUCAAGAGACUGUCUCAACCUCGACCUCUGAGUAUGAGCUGACGGUCAACAUCACGGGCACUGACCCCAGUAAACAGUACCACCUAGGCUAUGGAACCACCCCCGAGAACCUGACCUGGGUUGAGCUGGCCGGGGGUGAUGCUGCCACCUAUCUCCUGUACCCGGUCAUUGGACUCAACCCCGGGGUCACAUAUAGGGUCAAGGUCGAAAAAUCGGGGUCAGAAAUCUACAAUCAGGAGGUCACAACCAACCCACUACCACCGGUGAACAUCCUGGUCACAUCAGCAGGAACCCACUUCCUGACCAUCACCUGGGAAACGGACACCAGGAGCACCCAGGAUGGGGGCCGAGUUCUGUUAUCCUCCAACGGGUCAGAGGUUGUGACCUUUGAAGCGACCUCUGGAAAACAGGUCAAUGCCACGAACCUUCAGCCUUGGGUCAGGUAUUCCAUCAGUGUAAUAAGUAAACGCUCAGAAGAGGGAAGGCCAGUGCGGAGUCCCAGCCCCACGCGGACAACACUGUGCCCCUACCCCCCACUCUGACCUCUGUACAGGCCGUGGACACCAAGACGCUGAUGAUUACCUGGACUGCCCAGGGAGACCAUGAUUAUGUGCUUCUGACUGCCACCUACAACGACACGACCAACGAGGAGAAGACGCAGAAGCUGACCUGUAGGAUGCUGUUCACGUUCUGCCUGGUGGACGUCCUCGGGGUGCCGGGGCAGAAGCUGCUGAUCCAGGGCUACACCACCCUGGGGCAGAGGCAGAGUAGUCCCUACAGCACCUACCACUCCACAAGUCCACUCUUAAAAGACUGUCUUCACCUCGACCUCUGAGUAUGAAAUGACGGUUAACAUCACCAUGAUCAUGGGCACACUGCCACAGACCCCAGUGACCAGUUCUGUCUAGGCUAUGGAACCAACCCCGAGAACUUGACCUGGAUUAAGCUGGCCUGAGGUGACGCUGCCACCUACCUCCUGUACCCAGUCAUUGGACUCAACCCCGGGGUCACUUAUAGGGUCAAGGUCGAAAAAUCCGGAGCAAAUAUUUUACAGUCAGGAGGUUUCGAAACUGCAGUGAAGAUUUCCUGUUUCCAUUGACUUAUGUAAUUGAAAAUAUGGAAGAUGACGAUAUUUUAGACUCGCAGUAUCAGAUCCUGUUUGGCAAGUUUCUACAGAUGUUUGGAAUAGCUACAUGUAUGAUGUUCGGUUUACUCUUCUUAUUGUAAAUGAAACAACUAAGGAAAUGUUGAAAACAUCGGAAGGAAGGGGACCUGUACAUUUUGAGGGACUGGUAGAAAACCCUGAAGUAAACUGA